UUAACUUAAAGAAAUCUUCAUUUGGGCAUGCGGACACACACAUUCAUACUCAUACAUAUACAUAUGUAUGUAUGUAAUUACUAUACGAGUAUGUACUAGUUAGUUGUUAGUUUUUGGUUCCAGUUGCGCUUGCGUACACGCCGUUCAUCACAAGAAGCAUAGCGAAAUGUCUUUAAACUUCUUCGGUACUCAGUUGAGACUUCACCAUUCAACGUGCCACUUUCAAUACCAUUUUCGACAGUGCAACCGAGGAGAACGGUACGGUCUUGCUUAAAUUUGUGUUUUUCGCGGAUUCGGGAAAGUCACACAGUCAAAGACUUUGUGUUAAAAGCAAAUAUAAAAUUAUAUAAAUUUCGCAGAGGCAGAAAGUCGCAAUACGUAUGCAGUUUAAAAUGAAAGCCAAAAAGAAGUAUCCUGUGCCAUUUCUAAAAGCAGUAUUUUUAUUCUUUUAUGUGAUCCUACUUAGCAAAUCCGAAGAUGUUAUUGCACAACCCUACAAACAACAACGCUGCUCAAGUCGCCUAGAAAAUGCCUUAGAACACAUGCGUCGACGCAGUAUACCAGCGAAAAGUUCAAGAUCAUUCUCUGGUGAAACUCCAUACACACUAUACCAAACGUUUUAUGGUCAAAAUAGUGAACCAGAAGAUGAUUUCUAUUCUGGCGGCGAUCGAGGCUAUUAUGCAAAGAAUAUUCAACGUCAACCACAAAGUGAAUCGCCAGCAUAUAUGGGAAGAUUUGAUGAUUUAUUCUCGUCGGACUAUAACCGCCGGCAACCGCAUAAAUUAGCCGCCGUCUCCAGUGUAGAUGUUGAGGAUUUGAGAGUGCGUCUGCCGUCGAAAUCCACCAGUACACGUUGGGUGGAGGUCGAUAAAUGCAGAUUCAGUACACAAAACUCCACGUUGGAUACACGUCUCAUAUUCCCCGAUCUGACAAUAAGUGGCAAAGUGGUACUGCAGCCAACUGGUGGAAAAUGUCACAUGAUUUUACGCUUACGACGAGCCGGUAUUGAAUUUCGCACAAUUCCUAUUGGUUUUGAAAGUGCCGUCAAUGAGGAAUCUCGUCGAAUUGGCGCCGCUUCGGUGCGAACAGAUUCACAUUUUGCUGAACCGGGUUUUAUAUCAGUUUUUGCACACGGUUGUCAGGGUCCCUCUGGUGUGAGAUUGCGGCAAAAUUCAAAGCGUCGGUUUGGUUUCGAAGGCGCCGAAACAGCUACUCAGGGAACAGCAAAACCACCAGCUGUAGAACUCUCGGAGCCUCAUGUGGUUUUGGGUACUGCAGCAACUCAAGCACAAACAUCUGGAAACCGUUGGCGUAAAUAUUACAAUCCCUAUCCCUAUGAUAUACGCAGUGAGAAGUAUCAAAAAACGAACCGCAGGAAUUAUGACCGUAACUGGCGCGUAAAUGACCAAUCUAAUGAAAAUAUAUUUUACGAUGCUCGUGAUAAUGAGGAUUUGUAUCGUGCACAGUUCCGUGAAAAACGCGAGAGCAAUCCAUUUCGACAACGAAGGAGUAAAUCCACAUGGAGUGAUGAAUUCAGCUUCGACGAUGAUAUACUCAAUGUAUCCGAUGAUUUACAAGACCUAAUUGCACCAGAUGCCAGAGCUUUCGCAGAUCUUUUCAGUGACUUAAGGGGAGACCGAGAUGACUUCGAACGCGAAAAUGUGCGUGAUCGCGAUGAGGCGGGAGACGCUUUCUCAAGUGAAUUGGAGAAGAUUUUUUCGAUGGGGGUACGUGGCUUACUAACCACAUAUAUGCAACGCGCACUUCAACCGGCUAUUAAGGAGACAUUAAUGGAAAAUAUGGGUUACACCCUGAGUUAUGGCUAAGUGUGAAACUCGAAGUUGUGCGCUUCAGAGAUGUAGAAAUGUAUUUCAACAUUAAUAUAGUUGUUAGUUAAUACUUGAUGGACAUUGUUUUAGAAAAAAUAAUAAUUUAUAGAAAUGUUGACGUUGUUAGCAGUAAUUUAAUUUAUAAUAAACAGAAUCAACAUAAUCAUGUUCUCAUAGUUUGUAAUAGUAUUUAACAAUAAUAGUUCUAAAAUGCUAACUGUUCCCUCAAUUUGAAAAACAAUUUAUGUAUACAUAAAUAUAUUGAUUAUUAUUUAAAAGAAUGGCUAAGAGUGAAGGGUGCUAAUGAAAAAAAAAAAAAAAUUGGUCAGUCUUUUAUAAUUUUGUAUCUGUUAUUUUACAGUGAUUACCAAAGUGCCAAGUCCAUAGUUUGCUUUCUAAGAAAACUACAUAAAUAAAAAACUUACAGUAUUUGAAAAAUUGGCCUCAAUACCUUCGAACUCUUAGACAAUAUGUGUAAUAUACAGUUAUCAAAACAUUUAUAUAUAGUUUUAUGUAUGUAGCUCAAAUUAAAAUAUGUUAAGCAGUUUUUAUUCAAAAUGUAUGCUUUAAUGAAACAGUGUGUAUGUAUUUAAAUGUUAGGAACUUAUUGAUAGGUGUCUAGUUUUAUAAGGAUAUAUGUA